GCCUGCUCCACGACAUGCAUGUCCUUUGCUUUGCCCGGCCUUCGUCAGCUCCAAGGCCGACUGCCUAACGCCUCCCCCCCCCCCUCCACCUUAUCCUUCUUCUACUUUCUGCCUCCCUCUCCCUCUCAGAAAGCACACACACACACAUACAUCCACCAUGCUUCCUGUUGUUGGCGCCCUUCUCCGGCGUUUCCCGCGAACCUCGCCCCUUGGCUAUGCCGCCACGGCUAAGCUGGUGUCGCCGCCAGCCACCGAUGCCGGGCGCUUCGAGCUGCGAAUUCCGGCCGGCGCGACCCCAGUGCAGAAGGACAUCUCGGUGGUGUGCGACUUCACGGCCGAGCAGGGCCCCGAGCCGGAUCGCCGGGUGCUCCUCCGCCUCACGCACUUUGUGCUGCCCGGCGAGACGCGCGGCCUCGGCCUCGGGACCCGAGUGGCCUCCGAUCUCUUUAACGUCCUGAACCAAAGCCGCGCCGAGCUGACCCCGGAGGAGCAACAAGCCUUGGAGUUCAUUGCCGUGUGUCCCUUCCUGGUGAAGAUCGCCAAGGCCGAGGGAUAUGCCGAGCGUCGCGAGGUGUCGCUGGACAAGUGACUGCCGUCCCGCUCGGUGCUUGGGCGUUUCCUCACUCGCGCGCAUGCAUGCACGCGCAUGCACAUCACUUCUCCGGCUCACCACCGGCAAGCCCGGGCCCUGCUGGGAAGAUGACUUGGUGUUGUAUGUGAAUGUGGUGCCCCUCAGGGCGCAAAAGUAUUUUCAUCCCCCCCCCCCUUUACACACUACACACCAGGGGACAGA